AUGGUUUUAGACGGAGAUACGAUAAAGGUGUUGUCUGAACUUAGACAGUUUAGGCAAGAAGAGUUACCUCAAAUAAAUAGGAAAUUCGACGAUGUACAAUCAGAGAUAGAACUACUCAAUACUGAGGAUCCAUUGGAGGAAGAGAAGGAAAGAGAAGAGUUUGAAAAAAACUAUUUUGCCGCAUGCUCUAGAAUUCAGGAAUCACGAGUACAAUUACCACCAGUAAAAAUCCCGGAGUUUAGCGGGAACAUUCAGGAUUGGGAACCUUUUUUCGACUCUUUCCGAUCUGCAAUACACGAGGAAAAUAGUUUUACAUCGGCUCACAAAUUUUACUAUCUCAGAUCAUAUCUUACUGGUGCAGCUCUAGAUCUAAUCAAGGCGGUUCCUAUGACAGAUGCCAACUAUUAUGUGGCGAUUGAACGGCUUAAGCAAAGAUACGACAAUAAGAGCCUAACCAUACAGUCUCACAUCAGAUCAUUGUUAGAAUCUCCACACGUAGAAAAUGCAACCGCAACCGAGCUUCAACAGCUACACUCACAUGUAUGCACGCAUAUUGCAGCUCUUAAGGCAUUAGAUCAACCUGUGGACAAAUGGGAUGCCUGGCUAAUAACUAUCAUUAGCAUGAGAUUAGACAAGGACACGUUACAUGGAUGGCAACUACAUCAGAGGAAUACACAGCUCCCAAGAUAUGUAGAUCUAGAAGAAUUUCUUGCAGACCGCUGUGUGGCAAUGGAAACCUCCUACCAAUUUAGUUCAGAACGGGAGGGAACCAGCACUAACUCUGUACCUCAUCAGAGGUCAAGGGGAUACAAGAUCAAUAACAACUCUGCAAAAUUGACAUUAUUAACCAACAAAAAUGACCGUGACAAUAAGUGUACUCACUGCUCGGGUAAGCAUUGGUUAUUUUUCUGCGACUCAUUCAAGGAGUUAGACGUCAAUAGUCGAUUGACAGUUGUAAGAGAUGCAAAACUCUGCUUCAACUGUCUGUCACCGUACCACCAAAAGGAUUAUUGUAAAUCAAAAUAUAGUUGUCAUACAUGUAAGGGCAGGCACAACACCCUACUCCAUCAAGAGAGGAAAUCAGGAGCAACAAGACAGAAGGAGGAUGAUCCUUCAAGCUCAUCGGAGGAAGAUACCUCGCCGAGCAACAGUCAGAAAGUAUCCAUGUCAGCUCAAGCAACAAGUGAACACGUAUUUUUAGCAACAGCAGUAGUCACCGUAAAGGACAGCAAUGGUUCUUAUCACAAAUGUCGAGCCGUCCUGGACAGUGGCUCACAAGUAAACUUUAUAUCAAAGGAGCUUUCGAGAGUUUUAGGAUUAAAACAGAGAACAAACGUCCUACCAAUAUGUGGUAUUGGUACCAGCAAGACUCAAUCGGGUGCAAGUGUAGACGUAACCAUAAGUUCCUCCGUCAAGAAAUUUGAUGUUGAAAUAACCUGUCAUAUAUUGCCUGUUAUAGUGAAUGACUUAUCCGCUAUACCAACUCCAAGGGACGGUUGGAACAUUCCUAAUGAAUUUGUACCUUUCCUGGCAGAUCCAACAUUCUGUAAAUCGGGAUCGAUUGACCUAUUAAUUGGAAGUGCUCUUUUCUUCGACUUGAUAGGAACCGAGCGUAUUCCACUCGUCACAGGGAAGCUUUGUCUACAAGAUAGUAAAUUUGGUUGGAUUGUAACUGGAGUGAUCGACGCAACGUGUCUUGUAAAUAUUGGAGAAACUCUAGAGAGAGAUUCGGAUGUCAAUGACAGGACAGACGAUUCGGCACAUUACGACAAUUCUAAGUGUAAUCAGAGAUACUUGGAAGAAGACAAGGCUCUACAUCAUUUCCAGAACAACACGCGACGCAAUGAAGAAGGUCGGUUCAUUGUUCGAUUACCUAUCAAUAUCUCAACAGACAUGCUCGGUAACACGCUAAUAAUGGCAACCACACGGUUUUUGAGCGUGGAGAGGAGGCUUCAAAGGGACGACAAGCUAAGAACAGAAUAUACAAGGUUCAUGAAAGAAUAUCUUGAGAUGGGUCACAUGAAACAAGUUCAAAAUGAAGUUGAGUUGCCGGUCCUAUCUUGUUAUUUACCACACCAUGCGGUACAAAAGGAGUCAAGCUUAACAACUAAAAUUAGGGUUGUGUUUGACGCCUCAGCAAAGAGCUCUUCUGGAGUAUCGUUGAACGAUAUAUUGAUGCAUGGUCCAACAGUACAAGCAGACGUCUUCACCAUAUUGGCUAGAUUUAGAAUGCAUCAAUAUACAUUGAUGGCUGAUAUCGAAAAAAUGUUUCGACAAGUAUUAAUCGAUGAAAAGGACUGGAACUUGCAGCGAAUUGUAUGGAGAGAGUCACCUACUGAACCAAUAAAAACAUUCAAUCUAACGACUGUAACAUAUGGAAUGAAACCAGCAUCAUUUCUUGCAACACAAUGCCUUGUAACCUUAGCUCACCUGGUACACAACGAAUAUCCAAGAGCCUCAGAAGUUAUCAAAAAUGAUAUAUACAUGGAUGAUUUGAUGACUGGAGCUGAGACGGAAGAGGAUUGUAUAAAAUUACAGCAAGAACUAAACACUAUCUUAAUUUCCGCCAAACUCCCACUACGUAAAUGGUGUUCAAAUUCUACUAAGGUGCUACAACACGUAGGCAAAGGAGAGGCUGAUCCACUAUACACCUUAGAAAUAAGAGAUGGUGACACAGUGAAGUCACUUGGUUUACAGUGGAGACCAUAUCAAGAUGAAUUCCAUUUCAACAUAGCCAUGGAUUCAACAAGAUCAAGAUGUACUAAGAGAACUCUCCUUUCCGAUCUGAACCGAGUAUUUGAUCCACUCAGAUUUCUAGCACCGGUGCUACUCAAAGGGAAAAUAUUCAUGCAGCAAAUUUGGGUGUUAAAGGUUGAGUGGGAUAGUCCACUCUCGGCAGACGUUAUAGAGAGAUGGAAAACAUUCAUGCAAGACCUAGAGACAUUAAAGAACAUCUACAUACCAAGGAAGGUGAUACCAGCCGUCUGCAAUUUUAUCGAGUUUCAUGGCUUCUGCGACGCGUCUGAAGAAGCAUACGGAGCGUGCAUUUACAUAAGAACGGGAGGAACCAACGAAACAUAUCACGCGCAGCUCAUGUGUGCCAAAACUCGUGUAGCGCCGCUAAAGGCAAUGACAAUACCACGUCUGGAAUUGAAUGGGGCAUUGCUGUUAGCAGAACUUGCAAAGAAGGUAGCAGAUGCAUGGGGCAACUAUACACAUUCCUUUCAGUUGUGGACAGACUCAACCGUCGUACUUGGGUGGUUGAACAGUCACAGCAGACGACUCAAAACAUAUGUCGCAAACAGGGUGAACCAGAUACUCGAAAUUACUGAAGCUAGGCAGUGGAGGCACGUCCGCACUAAUGAAAAUCCUGCCGACAUUGCAUCCCGUGGGGUAAAGCCAGCAGAACUCUUGAGAAAUACUUUCUGGUGGAACGGCCCAGAGUGGCUGACCCAAGACGCAGAGAAAUGGAGGAUCUCAGCCUUACCGGACGAAGAGGAAACAUUACCAGAAAUAAAACCAGUACAACUAGCACUUAUCUCAAUUGAUGCAUCAAGGGACCUAGUAAGUAGAUAUUCAGACUGGCGAAGACUAGUACGUGCCAUCGCUUGGCUGAGACGGUUUGUGGAAUAUUUACUACUUAAGAGAAAGGCAUCUUGGAGCCAGCAUCUAACAGUCCAAGAAUUGCAGGAGGCGAAAGAGGUACUAAUAAAAAGAGCACAAGCAGAAGCAUUUGGAAAAGAGGUGGUAGCUUUGAAAAAUGGUAAAGAGAUACCACACAAAAGCAGGCUCAGAUCACUAUGCCCGUAUAUCGACAACGGACUGAUAUUAGUGGGAGGGCGCUUACAAAACGCAAUUGUUUCAAAGGAGCAAAAGAAUCCAAUAGUACUGCCACCUGAUCAUUUAAUUACAAGGUUAAUAUACAAGGACUGUCAUCAUAGAAUGCUGCAUUGUGGUCCGCAAGCACUCCUAGCAGAAGUCAGAAGGACAUAUUGGCCAACGCGAGGCAGAUCAAUUGCACGCUCAGUUGUUCGGCAGUGCGUCAUAUGCAAGAGGGCGAGGCCCACGUUUGACCAGCCGAUAAUGGGCUCGCUUCCAAAGCAACGCGUUCAACACUCUCGUCCAUUCACAACUACUGGUGUUGACUUUGCAGGUCCACUGAUCAUCAAGAGUGGAAUACGCGGAAAGCCGGGAAAAAAGGCGUGGAUCGCAAUAUUUGUUUGUUUCUCAACGAGAGCAGUCCACAUUGAGGUAGUGGAGGAUUUAACAGCCAAUGCUUUUAUAGCAGCGUUUAGAAGAUUCAUAUCUAGAAGAGGAAAGCCGAGCAUGGUUUGGAGUGAUAAUGGAACGAAUUUUAUUGGAGCACAAAAGGAGCUAGCUGUAUAUGUGACCAAGGUUGAUGGUUGUCUAGCAUCAGAAGGAAUAACUUGGAAGUUUAACCCACCUGCAGCGCCACAUUUUGGUGGCAUAUGGGAGAGCGCAGUGAAAAGUGCUAAAUUCCACCUCACCAGAGUAGUAAGGGGCAUAUCUUUAACCUUAAGUGAAUUGCAAACACUGUUAUGCCAAAUAGAGGUAUGCCUGAAUUGUCGACCCCUUACGCUCAUGAGUAGCGACCCCAAUGACUUGGAACCAAUAACUCCAGCUCAUUUCCUAAUAGGAGGGCCGUUGAUGUUCCAUCCGAAGCCAGUGAUUGAAGGAAGGGAGAUUACAGCGCUGAAGCGAUGGAAACUAGUACAAGGGUUGCUUCAGAGCUUCUGGAACAGGUGGUACGCAGAAUAUGUUCCACAGCUGCAAAUCCGUCAAAAGUGGACGUCAGGUUUGAGCCCACUAUCAGUAAAUGAUGUAGUAAUCGUCAAAGAAGAAAACCUACCACCUACAAGAUGGAAGCUAGCACGUGUUGUGAAGGUACAUCCUGGCAAGGACAACGUCGUUCGAGUGGCUACGGUAAAAUUGGCCAAUGGUUCAGAUUUAACAAGACCUAUAGUGAAACUAUGCCGCUUGCCCAUUGAGCAGACUGACUCGGUUGAAAAGGUUAAUUUUACACGAGAGGAGGAUGUCGCCGCCGCGACAAUACGGCAAUAA